CGGACAUGUGUCGAACAUUCUACUCGAAGUGUAGCCGGAGCUAACGAGCUAGCAUCGCAGCUAGCAGUGCAUUGUCAAACGCUCUAACAGCGAUAACAGCUGAUUCCUUCUUACGUUUCUUAACGUUAACUGAAGCCUCGUCUCAAGACUCUUCUCGGGGUUUUUGCUUUGCGGUUUUCUCGUCGCACGACCGAGUGGGGCUAUUUUCUGAAAGGCAGUUGACCUUUUUUCUUUUUAGUGGACGAGCUAGUAGACUCUGUAGGAAAGCCGUAAUGUGACGACGUGAUGUGUGCCCAGCUAGCAAUGGUGCGGGGACAGCGUCAUCAAAACAGAAAGAAAAGCCUGUGCUCAUCUGACAAACAAGGAUAUUUACAACUCUGCAUUGAUCAUUAAAAUGGUGUGACGACUUUCAGAAGUUCUGUGUGACAGUCUUUCCUCAGAGAGCUGGAUACAACCGCCACAAAAGAUGGAGGACUCUCCUCACUUGUACAUCUCUGAAAUUGGCACCAGUGAAGAUAUGGAUGAAGGUGAGAAGGAGGAGGAGGAGGAUGAGGAUGAGGAGGAGGAGAAUGAAGAUGACAUUAAUCAAGAGGAAACUAACAUGCAGCCAGACAUGAUUAACGCACUGUUCCCUGAUAUUCACAAACACACCAACCAGGAUACUGAAAGAGGCAGGAACUCUUUUCCCUGCCAGCACUGUGAGAGACAAUUUACCAGCAAACAAGGCUUAGAACAACACAUGCACAUUCAUGCUUUAGAGAACCACGAGGCACACGCAUACAAAAGCCAUCAGAGCAACACGUCUCUGGUUCAGUCGCAGCAUGAGAAGACAAGGCCUCUGGAUUCAGGUGACUCAGUCGAGCAGUUUCAUUCUUCAUCCCCUGCUACCUCUAAUACUUUCAUUGUGUCUCCCGGUGACCUCAGUGCUCUGCCAGACAGGCCGGGAGCAUUAGAAGGGCAUCAUGCUUGCAAGUACUGUGAAAAGGUGUUCACUACACAGACCAAAAAGAGGCGCCAUGAGCGCAGGAUCCACGAGCAGCACCUGCAGGUCACACGUGUGGAACAAACCCAGCAAGCCCAGGAGGAACAUUUUCAGAAAAUGCUCCCUGAACCUUCUCAACAGGACACAAAGAUAGGCGACAGUACCGAACCUGCUGCUGUUCUGGAGAACGACGUGGUAUGCACAGAACAUUACAUGUUAGAUGUCUCUAGCAACAUCUCAGAAAAUCUCAGCUUCUAUAUCGAUGGUAAGAUAGUGUCAACGAGCAGAGUCAGUAGCUGUGAAGCAUCCGACAUUCAUUCUGGUUCUUCAUCUCUAGUUGGACUGAAUGCCCUGAUUCUACACUCGGGCCAAAUCAGCCAGGUUUUAAAUUCAGAUUCAGUUGCAAACAUAGACAUACCUGGUCAACCACAAGUUAGGAGAAGAACUGCAACACCACCUCUUUUACCUCAAAUUAAAACUGAACUGGAGUCUGAAGGGGCGGCGUCUUCUCCGUCAUCCUCGCUUGUGUCUUCUUUAAUAGAGAAUCUCCUCCCUCGGAAUACAGGGGCCACGGUUGUGCAGAAGGAAAGAACUGUGUUCCUCUCUCCGAAGCUGAAGCAGCUCCUAGAGAAACAGGAUGGCCUUAAACCUACACUUGCCCUCAUCGCGGAUGCCCAGAAGCCUUGUUCCCCCGUCUCCCUUUCUGUCCUGGCGGCUGGAACAGGUAGGUUUAAAAGAAGGACUGGAUCUCCACCGAGCUCUCCCCAGCAAAGCCCAACAUCUAAGGACGAAACGGCAGAUGGUGGAGAUUGUGAUGCAGUGAGUACAGGGCAGAUAGAGACUCAGCCUGUGCACCAAACAGCCCACGUGAACGAUGACCCAACUCAAACGCCAUCGGAGGAGCCAGCAGUGAAGCCGGUCUUGACAGAGAGUUGGCCCCCCAAGGCCGGCGGUAAUUCCUGUAACCAGCAACCGCUGGAUCUCUCCAAUACAGUCAAAAGAAACGAAGAGUUAACCCUAGCUGCGGCAGUGCUGGAUUUGAGCUUUCAAAAGAACACCCUAGGUAAAUCUGAAGUGACAUUGGAUUUAAUUUCACAGGCCGUUUUGAAAGCAGGGAAUUUCGAUGCAUGCAUGGCGGAGACGGCCUUGAUACAAAAUGUAAGCCUAGGGAAUCCUUUAGUUACAGACUUCACAAUACUUACAGGUCCAGAUGUGAUGACCCCGAUGGAGUCCAUGGCUGAGGGACUCGUUUACGGGCUCGCACUUCCAUCCGGUUCUCUGACCCCAUCACCCGCAUCCCUUACCCCUGUUGCCUUGCAACCAGCUUCACCAUGUACCAUAGCAUUUGCUUCCCCCGUCUCACACACUGUGCUACCUACUGCUUCCUCAUUAAUAACAGUUUUGGCACCAUCAAAUAUUUCAAACUCUCCAAUCCAACCAAUGCAGUUACUUGCCCCAGAUAUAUCUCCCGAGCCUCUGGUCAUCUGCACGGAAAAUGCAUUCAAUUUUUCAGAGUGUGAUUUAGCGACUGCAUUUGCUACUACAGAUUCCACAGACCCUGCAGCUCUCUCCCAGUCCCUCGACCCAACUCUAAAUCUACGUGGGAACAUGUUUCUCUGUGAUCCAAUAGCUCUCAAUCAGCCUUUGGUUGAGUCCAAUCCUAUGCCGGAAGGGUCAUUCACGCCGACAGUAUCUUUAAAUGAUUCCCUCAUUAGUUCUUAUAACAUCAGCAGCAACACGGUGUUGAUAAAGUGCAACAUAGCCCUCGAAGCCCCGGGGGGAGUGGUACCGGCUGCGGUUACCUUACAUGAAAACACAGCUGAGUCUCUAGCACCGACGCAGGUGGUCAUCAAUCAGAUGGCACAGCAGGAGAUUGUAUCGGCGCCCGACCCUCAAACUGUGGGCCCCGCUGUCCUGAUGUCCUCCAUUGCAGAAUCACUUGAUCUUUCCACCACCGACGCCUCAGGGGUAUCUGAACGUCCUACUGUGGGGGAAUCAAGUCUUGCACCAGAGCUGGUUGUUAAUGCGAAGCCCCCGUCCGUAAAAGAUGAGGAAGUGGCUGACGGCGUGGUUCCCGUCCCCGAAAUCUCAUCCAACACCUCAACUUCUCUGGAACAAGCUCCGGAGGACGAGUUCUCAGACGGUGCGCCGAGCGACGCUCAGGAGCAGAAUUUCACCAAGAAUUUCAUCUGCAAUGUGUGCGAUAGGCUUUUCCAUUCAAUGAAAGAACUGGGCCAUCACGUGGGAGACCAUGCUGAUGAAUGGCCCUACAAAUGUGAGUUCUGCGUGCUGCUCUUCAGCAAACCCUCCGCUUUGCUCGAUCAUCGAUCGAGCCUCCACGGUGUCGGCAAGACUUAUGUUUGCAGUGCGUGCACAAAGGAAUUUGUCUAUCUCUGUAAUCUGAAACAGCAUCAGGAGGAAUUACAUCCCGGCCAGCAGUGUACCUACACAGAAGAAGAAAAGGGUAAACUAAGACCUCAGAACUACAAUAACUCCAUAAAAGGCAACACGGAGCCAUCCGCGCCGGAUGCUGCGGAGAAACCCGAGAAACGGGUGAAAAAGGAGGAAAAUGAAGUGGACAAGGUUGCAGACGAACUGCUUGCAACUAUAAAAAUCCUGGCCUCAGAGGGAGUCAAAGUCAAGGGGCCCGAUGUCCGUCUUGGCAUUAACCAACACUAUCCCAGCUUUAAGCCCCCUCCGUUUUCUUACCAUAACAGAUCCCCCGCUGGCUCGGUGCCUUCGGCCACAAACUUCACCACCCACAACAUCCCACAGACCUUUAGCACGGCUAUCCGAUGCACAAAGUGCGGGAAGAGCUUCGACAACAUGCCAGAGCUACACAAGCACAUCCUGGCUUGUGCAAAUGCCAGUGAUAAAAGGAGAUACACGCCCAAAAGAAAUCCCAUCCCUCUGCGCCACUUUGCAAAAACUCAAAAUGGAGUUUUGUCUACCACUAAUACCACCAACGGACUAAACGCUUCCAACAGACCCAACCGGUCCAAACCCAGCCAAGACUCGCCAGUUAAAGUCAAGUUCAAGGUGCUGAAGAAGAGGAAGAAGAAACUGGCCCAAAGGGUCAUGCCGCAGAGGAACAAAUCCGCCCCUUCGUCCAAUAAGAUGUCCCCCGCACGUGUGGACGAACCGCAAGAGGUCUUUGUCUGCCCGCACUGCAGCAGGGAGUUCACCAUGCGCCGCAGCCGAACCAAACACAUGGCCGUCUGCCCCAGGAAGCCCAAAGAGGGCAAGAAGAGGAAGGACGGAGGAGUCUCUGUGACAAAGGAAAAUGAUGGACACCAGCGUAGGAGGGUGGAAGAGAAGCGACAAGCCUUGCCUCGUCACAAAACAAGAUUGCAGAGUGCGGCAAGUUCGGUGCCUCCUAAAAGACCCGCCAUCCUGCCCGUGCAGGCCGUCUUUUCAAGCAAACGAAGUAAAAUAAUCAUAAAGGAGAGCGCACCACCGAAACCAGAGACGCCCGCGCUCAACGAACCCCCCGUGGUUCGCACUUUCAACCCCUCAAUGCGCCAGUACACCAGAGUGCAGCACGGCGUCAAAGGGCUCCCCAUCAAAAUCACCAUAGUGAAGCAGCAACAGGCGGCGCCACAGAAGGACGCGCUGCUCCCCACGCAGAGCCGAGGGCAGGUCGGCAGCAGAGCCGGCAGCUCUGAGCCAAGUCCCACCGCCUGAAGACUCCUCGGCAGCCCAUCGGCGGUCAUCAGGACCCUGCCGUGCGGAGCUCCUCCCACUCUCUUGUCAUAGUGAUGCUAAACUGCUAAUCACACAGGAGACGCCAUGGACCCGGUUUGCAUCUUGCUGUACAAUGAAUGAAGACGGAAAAAGAAAAACGGAUCGCUACAGAUACUCCAGUGAGUGGAUGUAUUCAACAGAGUUUUUUAAAUAUUUCUCCUUCAUUACAUGAAAUUCCUGUCCACAGCUUGGAUUUGCACUUUGACGUUAAUCUGUCUGCUACAUGUCACAAAUUGGAGAGGAAGUGGGAGGAAUUGAGCUUGAAAGCUGCUCUCAUUUAGUACUCUGCGAAUAUUAAAAAAAAAAAAUUGGAAAGGGGAUAGCAGCUGGCAAUCAUUCUCAGCAUGCAAUUGCACAUUUUCUUAUCUGUUUGUUUCCUUUUGGUUUAAACUCUUACUGCAUGCUUGCACGGCUCCAUUCAUUGGGAUGUUGAUGCGAAUACGUCUGAAACUCUGACCAUGCUCUCAAGGUCUAAUGACAAUAACUGACCUGAUGUGGGAGACGCAUCUAGAUGAGUUCUAAAUACAAGACUACACGGUCAAAAGUACCACAUCGCCAUUGUAACAAUGACUACAAGCCACCUCUAACAAUCAGUCUUGGUAAGGAUAUCAUCCCUCUUGAUUACAAUUAGAAAGCUCUGUGUUUUUGUGUGAAUGUGAUAUUGGUAAAUUUGUGCCAUCAUAUGUAUAUAAUACAACAAAAUGUGGCAUGAAUUGGAUGGAUGACCAUUAAACUUGUCUGGUGUGGUGGAGCUGCAGGCUAUCUGAAAACGAUGCAGAGGCUCCUUUUCGUAGCCUAAUCUCAUACUUCAAGUUGAGUUUAUAGGGCACCACAAACCCAUUUUCGACUAUUGGGGAAACAGUUUGAUGUGUUGCAAACACACAAAGCUGCAAACGGGAGUAGCGCAUAAUCUGAACAGCCGGGAUACAUCAUUCCCAUUUCUGCAAAACGUAAUAAUUCAAUUCUGAACAACGUCUGGAAAGGGUCUUCAGGUUUGGCCUCAGUUUCUUCUGAAAUCCUGAAAUAUUUACUGUAGUCCUGUUUGCUUACAGGCUUUUACAGGAUUCCAUGUGAGUUUAUUCCCCUCAAAAACUUUAAAUGGUCAUGUUAGAGAUACCGUCUGUUUCGGGGCUCUGUACCGCUCAUGCGUUUCAUCAUUGCGCCUAAUCUAUUAGUUCAUCAGUUUGUUGUGUGAAGUGUUAAUAAUCAAUUCCACAUGUACAGUAUAAAUCACAAAAUGGAAAUGUAAGGCUGGGACCCUGUGAAGACAUAUGGAACAUUUGUGGCUGGUGGUCACUAAUCUCAAAAAGUGAGUGUGAUGAAUUCUGUUUUGAUUUAAAUGUUUUAUGUGCUGCUAGUUUGGAUAGCUAGUGCUAUACAGGGUACUUAUUUAAUUAGAAUUAUCAUGGCAAACUAAAACUUGACAAUGGCCUAUGUUUGGAAAAAAGAGAAGAAAUAAUGGUUACUCUGUCUUACAUUUUGCCUUUUUAACCCUCUUGUAAUAUGUGUUGAGGAUGUACAGGACGGUUUGGGUAGACUGUUAUUUAACUGUGAAAAGUGCUUGUAGCAUUUCAAAGUGUAUAUAUUUAUUAAUAAUUUAAAAUCAUGUAAUCAAUAUCUCAACAGAUCCUCUGUAUGAUUUGCACUAAAGUUUUUCAAAGCGUGUGUUUAAAAUAAAUGGAGAAUGUUAAGAUGA